ACUGCAGCUGCCAGAUACCGGAAGUAGGCGAUGCAUAACCAAGUAGUUGUCUCGUAGUUCGGUGGGACAUUGUUUACAACAGAAAAAGUACAUUAAAAGAGUCGAAAGUUCCGAGAUGGGCACCACGGCAAGUCAACUGGGGAAGGAUAUGCUCUCAGAAUACCAAGAGCUGACCUUCUUGACAAAGCAGGAAAUUCUUCUUGCUCACAAGAGAUUUGCUGAGCUGCUCACGAGAGAAGAGAAAGACCGUCCUAAUAUCAGAGUACCAAUGGAGAGGAUCCUCACUCUGCCAGAGCUCAAGUCCAACCCGUUCAGGAAAAGAAUCUGCCAUGUGUUCUCAACGUCGGAGCAGAAAGAUGGAAGCCUCACAUUUGAAGACUUUCUGGACCUCUUGAGUGCCUUCAGCGACUCUGCUACUCUGGAAAUCAAAUCCCACUAUGCAUUCCGUAUAUUUGACUUUGACGAUGAUGGAACUCUUGACUGCGGCGAUCUGGAGAAGCUGGUGAACUGCCUGACUGGUGAGACAGAUGACACGAGACUGACAACCGAAGAAAUGAGACAGCUCAUCAACAAUAUUCUUGAAGAGUCAGACAUUGACAAGGAUGGAACCGUGAACCUCUCUGAGUUUCAGCAUGUCAUUUCAAGAUCGCCGGAUUUUGUCAGUUCCUUCAAGAUUGUGUUGUGAAGACCUCUGGCAGGCCGUGGAAAUGCAUCCCCCUUUAACUCUCAUGUGGCGUUUCAUUUUAAUUUACAAAUAUUUUAGAUUUUUGCCUUAAAUUAUAUAAACCUGUGGAUUUUACUGCCUUAACUGUUUUAUGUAUCGUUUGUUAAACGUGAAACCUGUGAUUUUUUUCUAUGCAGAAAAUAAAUAUAUUUCCAAAAAC